AUGAGAUUAAAUGUGCAGAUGGCGAAAAGGUUUCUUGACAUAUUGAGGGUACAUGAAAAUGCCUCAGGGGAUGAAAUCCGUUGGGGAGCGAAGAAGCGUAUCAUGGAGGUACUUGAGGCUUACGAGGUGCUGUGCGGCAAUAAGAGAAGAAAGAAUCAUGACAAACACGGAGAGGAGGGAUUCCAGAGUAGGGUCACUGGAGGAGGUGGUGGACGAGGAUCUGGAUUCACAUGCCCAAAAGAAACAUUUGCGGAAAUCUUCGGCCCUAACAAUCCCUUUGAAAUCUUUAACAUGGAUAGGCCCGGUCAAAAGGCUUCUGAGAAACCCAGUCACGAGAAUGUUGAUGACCUUUUGGAUUCCUUUGGUUUCCGUGGAUCUCGUGUUGGUGACGGGGAUUCAAUCUCACGUCGUUCAUCCUCUAUGGGAAAUCCUCCUAUCGAACACGAUCUAUAUGUUACCCUGGAGGAACUCCAAGAAGGCUGUGAGAAGAAGAUGAUGAUCACUCGAAAAAUGACAGGGAUAGAUGGAAAGACGAAGCAGGAAUCCAAGCUCCUCAUCGUCAACAUCAAGCCAGGCUGUAAAUCCGGGACAAGGAUCACUUUCGAAGGAGAGGGAGAUCGAGGUUCACGCGGGAAUCCAACAGAUGUAGCGCUGUACGGGACACGUGUGGAUGUUCCUACUCUCUCGGGCGAGAAGAUGCGGAUGGAUUUCACCGACGUUAUUAUCAAGCGAAAUACGACGAGGAGGAUCCCAGGACGAGGAUUGCCCAUACCGGAGGAUCCAAGUCGGAGGGGAGACCUUGUCAUCGCCUUCGAAAUCGAAGUCUUGAAUCACGUCCAGAAGGCGUUUGAGGAAAUCGUCAAAGAUCCUCCUGCUAAAGAGAAUAAGUGACUGAACGAAUCCCUGGUGGCUCUCUCUUUUCCACUUGCCUCUUUUUGUGCCUCUCCCCUGUCUGAUUUUCAUGUUCCCUUUCUCGCCAGCUCAAAAAUGGCAUCGUUCAGCAUAUUCAUUUAAAGUUGAAAAUUGUCUAAAUGCCAUACCGAUACAUUCUGUGCCUAUUUUCCCUCUUCGAAUAUUUCUUUUUCAUAUUAUUUUGAUAAAUUUGCUUCAAAUGACGG